AACCUCUAAACCCCUUGCGCUCUCCUCCCGAACGCUACAUCAUCCUUCCCGCUCUGUCCCAAACCCUCUCCCUCCCCCGUCUACCGCUUUCGCUCAAAAUCAUCGCCCUUCGUGUCCGAACCUUCGCGAUACAGAAGCUAGAUCUAGCUUGGAAGGCAACGUUGAAACCGCGGCGUACAGAGACCAACGAAACUCCUAUCUUUCUUCUCCUGCUCCUACCCGAGACAAUUGAGGAAGUGUUUUGGUUAAAUUCUGCUCAAAUCCUGUUCAGUUCAUGCCACCAAACAUUCCAUAGCCCAAUCUUGCUUCUCCACCCCAACCUCUCUAUGGACAACAUUAUCUCCGAUGCGCUUGAGGAGGUUUGCGUGAGGGGAGCCUCUGGAAUUCGCCUCCUAGAAUUGUGGCCAACUUUGCAGGCAUCUGUUUCUUCCUCCAACUUGGAGCUCUCUGAUUGUGUCAAGAAAGUUAUAUGGGGUCGUCUCGCUUCACAUCCUGGUCUCGGUUUCAUGGUCUCUGGUUCUUCCAUGGAACGGAAGGAUGUUUUGCAAGGAUCUAUGGAGGAAAUGGAGAAGAUUGGGCUGACUAUAGUUGCUGAGGAGCACCUGAGAGAUAGCUUCAUGGGGCUUUAUGAUCUGAAGCAAUCACCACACUGUGAGAUUUCACAGAUCCAGAAACGUGUUUUGGAGAGGCUUGCAAUGGCAAGGACUACUGGAGUAACCCAAAACGAGCUCGCCAAAGAACUUGAUAUCAAAGGAACCAACUUCUAUUAUGUCGUGAGGAACCUUGUAUGUCAACAGUUGAUUGUUAAGCAGUCAACUAUGGUUAGGGAAAAAGAAUCCGCGCAUGCGGAAAAUGGGCCAAAAAAUGAUCAAAUUGUAAAUACUAAUUUAUUGCAUUUGUCUCGUUAUGCAAAAAAUGUCAACUUGAAUCCUCAACAAAGGAUUGAAAUCACUAGAUCAGUUUGGCCUCCAAUGCUGAAUGAAUCUGGGGAUACAGAAUUAUGUACUGUUCCCAUUGAAGGUUCUGAGGAUUGUUUAAGAGAAGAUGUGCACAUAAAGGAUUUUAUACCAGCUAUGAAAGCUAUUUGUGAUAAAUUAGAAGCAACAAAAAAUAAGGUUCAUGUUGUUUCAAGCAUAAAAUUAGCUCUGGGUUAUAGAAAGACAACUGGACAUAGAGCAUGGAGGAGUAUUUUAUUUCGACUGAAGUGUGCCGGCUUCGUGGAAGAAUUUCGAGCAGCAGUCAACGGGAAGGAUGUCUCUUGUCUUCGGUUACUUAAGGAGUUUGAUCCUAAAUAUUUCCUACCAAAGGCUUUCAUGCAUCGAUAUCGUUGCUCGAACUCAGAGAAUUUGGUGAGGAGCGGGAAAAGAGGUCAGAUUACCGAUCAACUUGUUGAGGUUCCGCUUGAUCAUCAAAUAUAUGACAUGAUUGAUGCAGAAGGACAAAGAGGAAUAACCAUUUUGGAGUUAUCCAGACGACUUGGAAUAAAUUCAAAGAAAUUGCAUAAAAGAGUUAUGUCUGUGCGUGAAAAGUUUGGAGUUGUUGCGCGGUCUGAAAUUCAUAAUAAACAACAAGUAUAUCGGUUUUGGACACAUGGCUCGCACCUCCAGAAUCCUAUUAAAAGCUUUACAGAUGACCAAAAUAUGCUUUCUGAUGAACAUGAUUUGUCAAAUCAAGCGAGUGAUUCUGUUCCAUUUGACCGACCAUUAGUUUCUAAAUCUGAGCAUGAAUUAUUGGUUGGUGAAGAAAGGAACAAAGGCCAAGAAUUGAAAAUUCGUAGCUCCUGUGGCCCUAUUUCUGAAGUAAUUGAAAGUGAGCAAGAACCUGAUGAUCGAGCAAAUAAAGAUAAUUUUAUGGAGGGCAAUGUAAAUUUAGACGAGGCAAGCUGUACUCCAGACUCAGGUGUCUCCACAUCGACAUCACUUCAAGCUAUAUCAGUAUCAUCUAUACCAAUUCUCCAAACUCAGAAGUAUGCUUGCAGAUCAUCAAGUUUGUUUUCUGCUCUGAGGGAACAAAGGAUACUUGAAAAAUUGGAGGAUGAGAAGUUCCUUCUUAAAGUUGAGUUGCAUAAAUGGCUUGAGGAUAUUGAGAAGGAUAAGCCAACGACAAUGGACAGGAAAACUCUGGACCGGUCUUUAAAAAAGCUUCAGGAUGCAGGAUUUUGCAGAUGCAUUGGGGUUCACAUGCCGUCAUUAACAAAUUUCAAUAGUUUGCGUUAUACAGAAGCUAUUUUGCACCCUUCUGUGAACCCAUCUCAAGAACUUAUGCAAAAAAUUUAUGAAAAACAGAGAUCUUUCGAUGUUCGAAGUCGCCGUUCUGGAUUUGGUAGGAUAAAAGUUGAACGGCCUGUGGUGGAGUUGCCACAGCUAAAAGAUGUUGAGAGGGCUUCCACUCAUGCUGAUGGUUCAAAGGCAAUGAUUAAUAAUGGAUUUGUCCUUGCAAAAAUGGUUCGAGUGAAGCUUUUGCACAAGUUUUUAUGGUCUUACCUUAGUAGUUUACCAUAUUGGCAAAAUGCUUUUAAACUUUCUAGAAAGGGUAGCGUUAAUGUGACAAAUCCUGCAGAAGAUUGCCAACUAUUUUCUCUUGAUGCAGCCAUAAAAGAAAUGCCACUGGAAUUAUUUUUGCAGGUGGCUGGAUCUAAAUUAGUUAUUGAUAAUCUGGAAAGAAAGUGUAAGUUGGGUUUGAAACUCUCCGAUCUCUCAGUUCAGGAGCGCAGAUGCCUUCUGGAUUCUCAGGCAACAAGUAGGCUGUCAUCUAUUGUUGAGAUCUUAUAUAGGCUAAGGUUAAUUCAAUUAGUUAACAAGGGAGCUGUCCAAGAUGUUAAUUUGCUAUCUCAUGCCUUGGAGCUUCAACCAUACUUAGAGGAACCUAUGCCUGCAGUGUUACCAUCUUCAGAUAUCAAUAGAUCAGAUAAUUGCUAUAAGUUACGACAUGAUUUUAUCCUUUCAGACAAUGAGGUUGUUGACAGAUAUUGGGAAACCUUGGAGUAUUGCUUUGCAGUUGCUGAUCCAUCAUAUUCCCGUCAGUGCUUCCCUGGUUCACAUGUAGAAGAGGUGUUUCAUCGCCGCUCAUGGUCUUCUGUUCGAGUUAUGACUACUGAGCAAAGGUUGAAGCUGCUGAAGUAUGUUAAAACUGAUGAUCAAACAAAUAAAAUCUCAUUCAGUAAAUGUGUAAAGACUUCCAGGGAGUUGAACCUGACACUGGAACAAGUGCUCCGGGUCUGCUACGAUAACCGACAAACGCGUCUUGCUAAGCACUUCAAUCACUUGAAAUAUGAAGGACGGGAACAAAAUGACGAUGCGAACAUCAUUCGGCCUGUUCCUCGAAAGAUGAGGAGGCUUUCAAAUCAUACAUUGCGUGAUCAAACCCAAAAUGUACCUCCAGGAGAGUUAAAUAUAUCAGAUGAAAAAACCUCAUUUAAGUUUGAUGAGGAGGUGAUGCAUUUAGAUUCUUGCUCUCCACCUGCAGCUGUAAAUGUCCGUACCGUUCAAGCAUGUAGAGACGAGGAACUGAGUCCUACUGAAGUUCAGCUCCAACCCUGUGAAGAAGCUGAGACAGCAGCUUUAAUCACUAAAUGUGCUUUUAAUGAGCUAAAGCCUAGCCGUAAAAGAAAAUUCUCUUGGACUGACAAUUCAGAUAGGAAAUUAGUUAUGCAGUAUGCAAGGCAUCGUGCGAUGCUUGGAGCAAGGUUUUCGAGAGUUGACUGGCCUACACUCUGUGAUCUUCCAGCUCAGCCAAACACAUGUAAAAGAAGAAUGACCACUUUGAAUAAGAACUCCAAUAUCAGAAGAGCAGUUUUGAGACUCUGUAACCUUCUUGGAGAAAGGUAUACUCAUUACUUGGAUAAUUCACGGAAUAAGCCGGACCAGAAAUCCACUGAUAUUGAUAAUUUUGAGAAGAUUGACGAAAGUUUUAUGUUGUGUGAUACUGUUCAUAAUGACUCGGUUUCUUGUGUAAAUAUUUGCAAAUCAAAUUUUCAACAUGACGGUUGGGAUAAUUUUGAAGACUUUGAAGUAAGGAUGGCACUUGAUGAGGUGUUGAAAUACAGAAGGCUUGCAAAAAAGGAGGAUGCUAGGAGUGUUGGAGGCAGACCUGACGGAGGGUGGACUCAUAAUCCUUUGUCUGAUAACUUAAAUUUUACUUCUCAUGGACCUAAAAAAUGUAGCGCCUCAUCUUGUGCUGGAGGUGUAUUGCAUGACAGUGACAAGAAAGAUCCUGCUAAAGUAGUUGUUUCUUCUGCUACUGAUCAGAACAAAUUAAAUAAUUAUUCAUCUCGAGGAAAAUUUCUCAAAUUUAGAGGAAAGGGAAACUUAAGUCAAAUAUACAAAUCAUUGUCCAUUGCUAAUGCUAUUGAGCUUCUUAAGCUUGUAUUCCUAAGUUUUUCUAAAACCCCUGGAGUGCAAAAUUUACUUGCUAGAACUCUACAAAAGUAUCCUCAGCGUGACAUUUUUGCAGCCUUCAACUAUCUCAGGGAGAAGAACUACUUGGUGGUUGGACAUGGAAGUCGACCUUUUGUACUUUCUCGGAAGUUUUUCCAAGAUCUUUCCUCUUCUCCCUUUUCUAAUGACUCUGGUAAAAGAGCUACUAAUUUUUCUAAUUGGCUUCAAAUACAAAAGAAUGAUUUAAUACAGGAUGGAGUGACUAUCCCUCCAGAUUUACAGUGUGGGGAGAUUGCCCAUCUUUUUUCUCUUGUUUUAUUCGGAGAGAUUUUAGUUUCACCAUGCUUGCCAAAUUGUGGCAUUGGGGAGGCUGAUGAGUUAAAAACUCCAGAAUCUUUUUCCUCAUGGGGAGAAGUCGGUGACAUUGGUGCAUCACAAAAUUUGAAACAUAAAGCUGAUGCGUCAUACAGGAGCGAAAAGGUUGAGAGAUCCAAGCUUGCGUCUAAUGCAGAUGGAGAUCGCAGGGAGAAAGGUUUCCCUGGCAUCAAAGUUAUGCUAAAGAUGGAAUCAGUUAUGACAGUUGAUGAUUUUGAAUGUUUAGGAUAUGAAAAGGAUAGUAUUCAUACUUUGACAGGAGAUUCUACUUCAGUUGAAGAAACAUGUUUGACAUCUUCGUCUGACAAUGAGGAUGUGAUUCAUGAAAUCGACUCUCCUAAAUGUUGGGAUGGUAUGUCUCGAUAUGUUGAAUAUCUUGCGUCGACGUCUGGUAUUGCAAAUGAAGGGAUGCCUUCUUCAAGAGAUUUUAAGUUCAUUCACUCUAUCAUUCGUGGAGCUGGUGAGCAGGGACUAAGCAUGGACGAAAUUUCUGAAGCUUUGAAAAUAAAAGGUGAAAUGGUGGCUGAAAUGGUUGCGGACACAUUGGGAGUAUUCCGAUUAGCUGCUAAAGUUAAUGCGUUUGAUUCUAUUCGUGUGGUUGAUGCUUCACAUGCCUCGAAGUACUUUAUCAGAGUACCAAAUCAUGGGAAGAUUCAUAAACAUGUUAAUGAUAUUCUCUCUUGCACCAAGCCCCAAGAAACCUGUUCUGGAACACCAGGAGGACCUUUUCAAGAGCAUCAUGAUAAAGUAGAUAAAAGUAAAGCAAAUGCUUGCAGUAGGUCUGACACUCCUUGUAAAUAUUGUAUUGAAGGACAACCUUUUGGCGAAAAUGCUAACCUGAUUGAGGAAUCUAGGAAUGAUAAAUCUCUUCAUGUGCAAGACAAUGUGGUGGGCAGUGUUAGAAAUCCAGUUGGAGGAAUGGAAGGUGGAUUUCAGCCUAUAUUGCCAUGGAUCAGUGGUGAUGGUAACAUUAAUUUUAAUGUUUAUAAGGGACUUACGAGGCGAGUUCUUGGAAUUGUCAUGCAGAAUCCUUGUAUAUUGGAGGAGGAUAUUAUCGCCAAAAUGGAUGUAUUGAACCCACAGAGUUGUAGAAGGCUAUUGGAAAUUAUGGUUCUAGAUAAUCACGUUACCGUGAGGCGAAUGCAUCAAACUGCCACUCCAGCUCCUCCACCGACAAUUUUGCAGAGCCUUUUUCCUUCAAACUUUAAGAGACCAACCUUAAAGCUGAGAAACCAUUAUUUUGCCAAUCCUAUGAGCACUAGAAUGCUUUAAGUUGCACCUUAAAAGGCCUAUUUUAGACGAUUUUAUCAUGUGAAAGAUGGCAAUAAAAUUCACAUAAAGCCUUGGUCGGGUAUGAACAUUUUGCACAGUUUCAAUGUCUGGCUAUCUGGUUUAACAUUUGAAAUAAUUUUUGCCAAUUUGGCAAAGUUAGUGUUGUUUCAAACCUGAUGGAUCUUAUGGAGGGCUGAUAAUCUCAUGUUCUCCCGAACUGCCAUUUAAGGGCCUUGGGUUCUAUAUAUUUUUAGGCUUGUUGCUAAGAUUGCAGGUCUCAAUCAAAAUUAUUCAAUUUUGGUUGGUUUGGAUGAUCAGAAUUUUGAGUUAAGGGGAAAGCAAAAGGUUUGAAACUCACAUAUCAAUGACUGCAAAUUCAUAACUAAGCAACACCCUAGGAGCAAGAUUCUCGACCAUAAUUUCUUCUGGUUGAUUCAACAGGGAGAUGGUAGCUACAUCUGUUGCAUUUCUGAGACAAGUUAGUCAUUUUUCUUUUGUGACUAAAUACGAUGUAUGAAAACUAUUAAUUUCAAAUAAUGUCGAGGAAAGUUCCGAGGAAUUCAUUUUGGGAUAACUUGCUUUGACUCGGCUCAAGCCUGCAAGGCAUGAGAUCUGCACAAGUGGAUUUAAUGAUAGCUGCUGAAUUAGAUUUGAAGUUUACUUCAGAAGUAGGGAAAGAAAAAGCAGGCGAAAUGUCGUACGGAGAUCUAUUGACAAGGAUGAUGAAGCUUGUGAAGAGAAUUGCCAGGCUAACCCAAGUUUGGCUCAAGGACAUGGAAGCGUGCUACAAUUUUUUUAAUUGGUUAUCUUAAUGUAUAAAAUAUAAUGAUUGAGGUGUUAGAUAUGUAAAAAAACUCCAGCUUUUUUGUUCAAAAUGAGUUUGGAUAGAAGUAAGAAAAGCAACUAAUCUAUUUGCACGUGCCACGAUCAAAAUAUUGAGAAGAUAAAAAUGGUACCAUGAAUUUUGAUAUUUGAGUGAAAAUUUGAAAAAUCGAUGAGAAGGGU